AUGGCCAGAUUCGCCGUCAUCCUCGCUCUCCUUUCCGUUAACUUCGUCGCUGCCACUUUCAUACCCAGAGCAGCCCCAGGCACUCAAUUCAUCACCGGGCCCUGCACCACCGACGCGGAUUGUGCAUCUGGAUGCUGCGGUGUCAACUCCGCUAAAUGUGCUGGCGCCAUCAUUGCUCUCACUCGUGACGGUGGAUGCGGUCAUGGUGAUGCUCAAUCCAAUAGCAGAGCUGCUGCCGUCCUCCGUGGUAACUGCCCUGGCACCAACGUCAAGCGUGAAAUCCUAAUGGAAAUCGAGGCAAGGGCUCCCCUUUCCCCCGACCCAAAUGGUGCCAAGAACCUCGGAAACGGUGCAGGAAAACAAUUCAUCACUGGUCAAUGUGCCUCCAACGCCGACUGUCAAUCGGGAUGCUGUGCCACACUCGGCAGCAUCGGUAUCUGCUCAGGUCCUCAAGCUGCAGACCAACAAGGCAAAACCGGUUGUGGCUUUGGUGGUGCCGGUGGUGCCGCUUCCCCUCCUCCUCCUCCUCCUCCCGUUAACAACGGCGGUGCCGCUCCUCCUGCUGCACCCGCUGGUGGACUCGCCACCUCCGGAACCGCCGACGUCGGCGCUGCUUGCGGCAGUGACUCCGAGUGCAAAUCCGCCUGCUGUGGUUUCAACUCGGGUAAAUGCGCUCUCGCCAAGACCGCUCCUGGAUCCGAUGGUGGAUGUGGAAAGGGCGAGGCUGCUCCUAACACCAAGGCUGCAGAUCUUAUCAAGGGUAACGCACCUAUUUGCUAA